AUGUUCCACCUGCUAAGGGGAAACCGCGCGCCCAAAUUUCGGAGCGCCCUCAUUAAGAAGAUGCCCUAUGGUUCAACCCCCAAGGGGGAAAGUCCCCAACCGAAUGCAAGUGCAAAUGCAAAUACUAAUGCAAAUACUAAUGCAAAUACUAAUGCAAAUACUAAUGCAAAUACUAAUGCAAAUACUAAUGCAAAUACUAUUGCAAAUACAGGCGAGCAAAUCAUCCACCUCACCAGCGACGCAAUGAACAAAAUGAAACAAAUAAAUUUGAAAUACAAAAACUCCAAAGCGUUGAAGGUGUCCGUAGAAGCUGGGGGGUGCUCAGGCUUCCAGUAUUCCUUUGCCCUAAUCGAUAAAAAAAACAUACAGGAGAAGGACCUCGUCGUUUAUAAUAGAGAGUGCCUCGUGGUGAUUGACAAAGGAGCGGCGGAAAUGCUAAGGAACUCCAAAAUAGACUACACCAACAGUCUCAUUGCGAAGAAGUUCGUCCUCGAGAAUAUUCAGAACCUCUCCUCCAAGUGUUCCUGUGGCAACUCCUUUGACGUCAAGCUUUUUUAAGUGGCAAGCGGGGGGGGCGUAAAAACGAAGGUCACGUGAGAAGGUCUCCGUGAGAAGGUCCCUGUGGGGGCCAGGACGGGGUGAUUGCCGCAUCCCAGGUGAAGACAGCGCGAAGGGAAGUGACCCUCUCGUCGUUUCUGCUCAACCGUUUAAUGUGUCAAAUGUUCCAAUGAAGGAAAUGCAAUGAGAGGAAAUGUGCCCUGCCCAUUAUACACCUGCGCGAGGAUUUUUUUUGUGAAGAAGUAGGCAGUGUGAAUUGGGCAGUGAUCGACAAACAGAGAAAGACAAAUGACGCAGCCGGGGGGACUCCCCCACGCAGACUGGCCGCGCCUAAUGGCUUGUUUGCAGCGAGGCGCCACCUCGAACGUCAAACAAAAGCAGAGGCAGUCGGAUGCUCAUCUCUCAUAUGCGCACAAAAAAAAGAAAAAAAAGGGAGAUAGAGAGAAAGCGAAAUAGAGGGGGCCGCUGCGGGGAAUCUUCCUCCACAGCUUCGAACCAUCUAGACGGAUGUAUACAAUCGGGUGAGUAGCCGCAAAAAAUGGCAAACGGGGUGGCACAAAGGGCGCUGGCCAGCGGUACAUCAACGGAAUUGGUCAGCGGCGCAUCGAGGGAAUUGGCCAGCGGUACAUCAACGGAAUUGGUCAGCGGCGCAUCAACGGAAUUGACCAUCGGACAAGGCAAUCCACUCCGCGUGUGUGAUGGCGGCGGAACGGCGCGGCCUCUCUCGCUCUCCUCGGGGUGC